GUGGAUCACAGCACUACGUCUUUCCCUGAAGGAUUACGAUCACCACGGGUUGGGGAUUGUUAUCAUACUAGUGAACUAUAUUUGCCCUUUGAUAAUAUGGUCUCUACGUUGUAUGUGGUGCUGAGUGUGCUCUCUCUCCUUUGUCAUAUUGUAUUGGCUGAUGUCGACGGGGCUAUCUAUCGCCUGCAAAACUCACUGCCGGGGAAGAUCCAAACUAGAGGUAUACCUCCGCCGUACAACCCUCGUUUCAAUGCAGCUAAUGGUUACAGUCCAGCUGCUAUGGUUUACGUGUCAUCAGCUGAGGAUAUCAUCGCUGCCUUGGAGAUUUGUCAUGACGAAGAUGCCCCCGUAGCCUUGAGGAGUGACAGCGGCCAUUCUUUCAUUGGUCAGUCUACAGUUGACGGCGGUAUUGUCAUCAAUUUCAUGAAGCUGAGAGACUGGCAGAUCACUAUGGAAGGGGACCGGUAUAUCGCCAAACUUGGCUCUGGUUUGACUCUACUAGAGAUCUACUCUAGGCUAGCUCGCCAUGACCCACCCCUCGGGAUCGCUGCUGGUUUGUGUCCAUCUGUUGGUAUAGCUGGUUUGGCCUCGGGCGGUGGGUACGGCUUCAGCUCGGCGAAAUACGGUGCCACCGUUGAUAGAAUAGUCGCUGCUGAAGUGGUCGUCUAUAAUCGAGAUGGAAAACGGUUCGAGUUGGUUACCGCUACCGGCUACAACGAGCAUUCUGACCUUCUUUUUGCUGGCCGUUUUCGGAGGAAUUGA